AUGCUGAAACAACCACAAGGAGUCAAGUUGUUAACAAAUAUUUCUGUAGUUAGAUUAGUAAAAGGUGAAAAAAAAUUUGAAAUUGCAUGUUAUCCAAAUACAGUUGCAGCAUGGAGACAAGGGGUGUUUGUUAUUAGUAUAAUUUACAAUAAAGGAAAUAAAGAUUUAAAAGAAUAG